CGGGUCCCUUUCGCCGACAAGAUGGCGGCCGUAGCAGCCAGUUCCCCUCAGAGCGCCGCGACGCCCUCGCCGCCGCCGCCUCCUGCUCCCGCGGCUGCUUCCCCGCCCGCAGCUGCCUCCACCGCCGCCGCCGCCGUUUCGUCGGCGCCUCCCGCGGCUCCCGCUCCGGUUCCCCUCCAGGCCGCCCCGGCGCCGGCCCCGACUCCGGCCCCUGCCCCGCCGCCGGCUCUGGCGGCGCCUUUCCCCGGCGGCCGCGCGGUCCGGAUCCACCCGGUGGUGCUCGCCUCCAUCGUGGACAGCUUCGAGCGGCGGAACGAGGGGGCCGCCCGGGUCAUCGGGACGCUGCUCGGCACCAUUGACAAGCAUUCAGUAGAAGUCACCAACUGCUUCUCAGUGCCUCACAAUGAGUCAGAAGAUGAGGUGGCAGUUGACAUGGAAUUUGCCAAGAAUAUGUAUGAACUGCACAAGAAAGUUUCUCCCAGUGAGAUUAUUCUGGGAUGGUAUGCAACAGGGCAUGACAUCACAGAACACUCUGUCUUGAUUCACGAAUAUUACAGUCGAGAAGCACACAAUCCAAUUCACCUCACGGUGGACACCAGUCUUCAAAAUGGGCGCAUGAGCAUUAAGGCCUAUAUCAGUACUGCAAUGGGAGUCCCUGGUAAGACUAUGGGAGUAAUGUUCACUCCGCUCACAGUGAAAUAUACUUACUACGACACAGAACGGAUAGGUGUUGAUCUCAUCAUGAAGACUUGCUUCAGUCCAAAUCGAGUGAUCAGUUUAUCCAGUGACCUUCAGCAAGUGGGAGCUGCUUCUGCUCGGAUUCAGGAUACCCUGAGCACGGUGCUGCAGUAUGCUGAAGAUGUGCUGUCUGGUAAGGUGACUGCUGACAACACUGUUGGCCGCUUCCUGAUGGACCUCAUCACCCAGGUUCCGAAGAUUUCGCCAGAGGACUUUGAGACAAUGUUGAACAGCAACAUCAACGACCUGCUGAUGGUGACUUACUUGGCAAAUCUCACACAGUCACAGAUCGCACUCAAUGAAAAAAUCCUAAACCUGUAAUUAACUCCUAACCAUCUUAUUAGAGGAGAAGGUGAAGAAAACUGUGGAGUUGUAACCUUGUCAUUCAGUUCUUAUAAUUGGACUAUAACUUUUGAAAUGACUGAUAACUAAACUGUCAACUUUAUCCUGGCCCCUCUUUCCAACCCUUGAAGAACCGCACCCCCAAAAAACAGGAUCACAAAGAGGAAGACAAUAAUUAAAAAUAAGCUAGCAACUCCCAAGCUGCUGAGUCUUGCCCAUUCAUGUUUCGAUCUUAAUAGCCAACCAAGUAAAAUCCCAUUCUUUUUAA